ACAGGUGGCCAAGCUUCCAAAAAAUUAAUGAGGUGACGUGAGGGGAUCUAGUGACUCCUCGACCGAAGUUCAUAGUUGAAACACCACCACCAACUCAACACUCCAGCUUGGUGUCUCGUGUGGUACAGACGCCAGAAGCCCUCUCGUCCGUCCGUUCACAUUCAUUUUGUUUCGGUUACAUUUUUUGGGGUUUUAGUUUUUUGCAUUAUACCCGCAAUCCCACCACUAAACAGCCAUGGACGCCAUCAAGAAGAAGAUGCAGAUGUUGAAGCUCGACAAGGAGAAUGGCAUGGACAGAGCUGAGCAGGCCGAGGGGGACAAGAAAGCAGCCGAGGACAGGAGCAAACAGCUGGACGAUGACCUGCUGGCCCUACAGAAGAAGCUGAAGUCCACCGAGGAUGAGCUAGACAAGUACUCUGAGGCCCUCAAGGACGCCCAGGAGAAACUGGAGCUGGCCGAGACGAAAGCCGCAGACGCUGAGAGUGAUGUGGCCUCCCUGAACAGACGUAUCCAGCUGGUUGAGGAGGAGUUGGACCGCGCCCAGGAGCGUCUGGCCACCGCCCUCACCAAGCUGGAGGAGGCAGAGAAGGCUGCUGAUGAGAGUGAGAGAGGCAUGAAGGUGAUUGAGAACAGGGCUAUGAAGGACGAGGAGAAGAUGGAGCUGCAGGAGAUCCAGUUGAAGGAAGCCAAACACAUCGCUGAGGAGGCCGACCGCAAGUAUGAGGAGGUGGCCCGUAAACUGGUGAUCAUUGAGAGUGAUCUGGAACGUACAGAGGAACGUGCUGAGAUGUCUGAAGGAAAGUGCUCUGAGCUGGAGGAGGAGCUGAAGACCGUUACUAACAACCUGAAGUCCCUGGAGGCUCAGGCGGAGAAGUACUCACAGAAGGAGGACAAGUAUGAGGAGGAGAUCAAGGUCCUGACAGACAAGCUGAAGGAGGCUGAGACCAGAGCUGAGUUUGCUGAGAGAUCCGUGGCCAAGCUUGAGAAGACCAUCGACGACCUUGAGGAUCAUCUACACAAGCAGCUUGAGAAGAACCGUAUGCUGACCAAUGAACUGCGAUUAGCCUUAAAUGAUCCGUAAGAUCAAUAGCGAUUCCCCUUUUCUUCUUUUUUCAUCUGAAGCAUGAAAGCCGCUUUACACCUUUUUGUAAUGCUAAAUUUAUGUUAUUUGGCGUUUAAGAAUACUAUAUUCAUCUUUUGUGUUGACCUCAAACUCUCUUAUAAUAUCAUUGGGGGAGGAUUUUGGGGGUUUCAUGCUGUUGCUGCAAUGUAAUGGGAUUUGGGGCAGAUAACCACAUUUCCAGUGGGGCUUGGAUAGAGUAACGGCUGUUUAAACCUUGUGGCAGCGAUUCCAGCUGAUUGUUUAAAAAAUAAUAAUAAUUCCCCUUCUAAUCAGAUGCUGAUGUUUACCUGGUUUAAAGGUAUAAUAUGUUAUUUCUGCCGCUAGUGGUCUCCCAAUCACGACAACAACAAAAUAAGUAGUUUGAUGCUGUCCUGAAGUAGCGUGGGAAAAUGGGAGCUGUCGUCUUCACCACCAUUGGCUGUCAAAAAUCUAUCUGACGUGUGACUUUUAGUCACAUAAUGUCGUUUCUUUCUAAUUAAAUUCCUAUAAGUAACAUAAUGUUAACUUGUUCACUUACAGUUAGAUGAGCUUACCCCACUUUAAAUAAUGGAAUUUGGUCAAUUUUACCACAUAUAUAUUUUUUUCAAUUUGUUGUGCACAACUCUACAAUGAAAUAAGAUUCAAGCCAUUUCAAAUAGUAAAACAAUUUUCAAAAGUUAAAACACUAUCAAAAAUAAAAUUAAAUAACCUGCCAAAACACUGCAUUAGCUUAGUGGCUGGCAUGAGCUACAGUACUUGUUAAAGUGGCACAUUGUACUAAGCUAGAUCCAUAUUGAAAUAUCCAAUCAAUACAUUAGGGCUCUAUUGGAGUACUUUCCCGAAAGAUGACACAAUUGACAUUAGACCAAAUGUCACGCCUGUUACCGUGAAUAAUACAACCUGUUUUUCUUAGUUUAAACAUUGUAAACAAUUGGCGUAAUGUUAUAACACAACUUGACAAAAUAUAUAACAUAGGUCUAGCCGUUUUAUAUAUUUCAAUGCGGAAAUGUUACAUAUUAUACAUUAAACUGGCACAAAUAUCAGCAAUUUGUCAACUAAAACAUGCCUUACUUAAUAAAGAGAGCAGGAUAGUUCAGUGACUAUUGUGGUCAACUACAAUCCAAAAGUUUCUUGGUUUGAAACCCAAAUUGUCUGUACCUUUACAAAAUUCUGAUAAAUGUCGCUAUGGAUCAAAGCCCCCAUGCUAAAUGACUAAGUGGUAAAUACUAACUCAUACUCCAGCACUGACUUAAUAUGAGUAGGCUUAUGUAUGCCUAGAUACUUUUUUCCCCAAGUAUAACUACAUAUCCAAAGACAUUCAAUAUGCCCUUAACUGUAUCUUUUGUGUGUAUAAUCUCCUUACUGCACAAUUAACAAACCCACAGCACAACAAAACUAUUAAACUGUUGGUGGUACUAACUGAGGCCUUUUUAUUUCCACUUUGGAUCAUUCCUGUGUAUCUAUCUGCGUAGUUGUGUUCCUAAUCUCACCAAUGUGAUUAUUCCUGUAUACAAUCACUGUUCCUUAUCUCACUUAUGUGUCUGAGAUCUUUGCCACUUUGCUGCAUCCAAAGGUAAACUAUCACGCAUGACUGAAGUGAACUGCAGCUAAAACAGAUGGUGGGUCAAAUGACCUGACAUUCCCAACUCCCAGAAACUGAUCAAUGGUUUGGAUGCUAUACUGAACAGUUAGCCAUGUUAUGUGCAAUAUAGGCCAUAUUACGUUUCCAUCAUGAUACACAAGUGUGCUCUUAAAGGCUGUGCCAUUUAUCAUGAGGUUAAUUAAUUUUGUUUAAGCGUCGAUGGGUGCCUUUCAAUUCACUCAGUUUAUAAUCGAUAACUCUGCAGAAUUUGCACUCUUUUAAUAUCACCUAAUCGUACUGCGUGUUAUCACUUUAGCAUGUUGAAUGGUGAAGAACCUGUAGCGUAUGACGUUGUUGUAUACCUGUACAUGCUGCACUGAUCACUGCUGGUCAGUUUAAUUGUGUUUCUAAUUUAAAUCUUUUUUCUUUUUUUCCUUCCAAUGUAUUUUACCUGGGGAAUGUAAUAAAACAGUGCAAUGUUA